CUCUGCAGCAGGUAAGGGACGGGAGGGACUAACCAUGGCAUCGAGCAAACUCAUUUGAUCCAGGUACCCCGGAACAGCGAUAAUGAGACCUGCCACACACCGGCCCUCUACCACAGUGAACAAAGGGACCAGAACGGGGUUUCCGAAAGGAGAGUCGCCGGUAGAGCCGGGUGGUGAGAAGAAGAAUCCAUGCGAGGCGGUGGCGAUGCGAAACAAAGACUACUUGCUCAGCAACAAAAGACCAGCCCAGAAACAUGGUGCCUCGCAUGGGCACUCAACACCUCUUUUUUUUGCUCUCGAACUUGAUCAACUCCACUUGAUACACUCCAUCCAGGAAGACCACCUGCCCACACACCCGUCCACUAUCGGAGAGAACCAUUGAACAACACCCGAAAUGCUUCCAGAAAUCAUGAGAUUCUGCUGCCACGAGGGUAUGCUCUGUGACGACGCCCAUCGCUGGGUCUACGAUGCCGACCAGAGACGGUGGAUCACCGUUUCGACCCCCAUUCUUUGGGGCUCGCCGCUGUGUAAAUAUGAUCAUGAUGAUGCGUUUGAGGCCGAAUGGGAAAACCGGGCCAUCAAGGCCAUAGAGGUGGUGAAAGAGCACAUUGACACUGUAGCAGCCGAUAUCACGGCAGUCUUCGUCGAGGCCUCGGGCAAAGUGAGAUUUGCCAACGAACACAACAUGAGUAUGGAUUGGCUAAACCAGUCGACCUUUUAUCCGCUGCUUGAAUCAUAUCAGCUGCCCCAGGGAACGUUCAAAACCCUGCUGCGUUCAGACCUCACAGAGCUCGAUCGGCUAUCCGCCCACGUCGACCUGGUUUCAUAUCCCGGAGUGGAAAAGGCCGCGUUCAAGUACACCCAUCACCACAAAGGUUUCGGCGAUACGUGGGCCGAGUUCCAGAUCCAUGCCCGUCUCCCCAAGCACCCAAACAUCCUUCCCUUGGACCACCUCGUUCUCGACGAGCAAACUGGGAAGCGUGUCCUUGGCUUCACCACCCCGUUUAUUGAAGGCGGAGACCUGGAUACCAACAAGGAUCGUUUGUUCAAACUCAAGCAUCUCAGACAGCUGAUGGAGGUUGUCGACCUCUUGAACUACAAGCUCGGCAUCGUCCACAAUGACAUGGCGCCCCGCAAUUUCUUCAUUGAUCCAUCCACCGACGACCUCAUAGUGUUUGACUUUAACGUGUCCGCCAGGAUUGGUUACGAGCCAGGACCCAUGGAGCGGGACGUGAUCGUGGCGAUCAAGGAGCGCAACGACGUCAAGGGGGUGGUGAUGGCGGUUCACGAGAUACUCACCAGAGACCCACGCUACAAGGGCAUCGGGCUACAUUAUCUCGACGAGACGGACCUCUUCGCCGGACCCGAGAAGUGGGUGAAGCACCCGGACGUGCAGCUAGAACCUGGCGUCGACGCCGUCGACUACUACAACGAGUUGAUGCGCUGGGUAAAAGCCCGCCGCGGGCGCCCCAUCACGGUAUUCACCGAGGCGUCAGAGCCCAUCGACUGGCCCCGCAGAUUGUACAACAGGGAGAAGGAGCCGGUUACGUACGACCGUGAGGAAGCCGAGAAGCGCGGCUGGCCGUAUAUCGAGUGGGUUCGCCCGCGCUGGGCACACCUAGACCGCUCCCGCCCGCUGCUCGCCACGGGCAAGUACGCCGACGACCCGUCUGGCAACAAGGGAGCCGGUUGGGAGGAUGAGGAGCCCGUUACCGAGACCUGCCUCAAGUACGACUGGGAAUUCGGGCAGAAGACGGUUCCGGUGCCGGUUGCCACCACGAGCAAUGCCACCGCAGAGCCGGAGACCGACAACACCACCACCAUUAACACCAUUAACACCACUCCCAACAACACAACCCCCACCAACCCCGCGCACCCCACGCAACCACAACCCCAACCACAAACCCAGCUCCCGCACCCACCCCAGGCCGAGACGGCACCCACCAUAGUCCUCCCCACCGCGACCGGAGCCGGAGCCGGAGCCGGAGCCGGAGCCGGAGCCGAGACCAAGUCCAAGACCGAGGCGGAGACCGAGACCGAAACGAAAGCCGAGACUCGGGCCGAGAACAGGAUCAAGGUGGAAAAAAGCAAGACGGAAGCUAAGCUCCCCAAGCCCAGAACCAGGAAGCGUGCGGCCAGCGCCGCGCUCCGGGACGGCCUCCCCGCGGCGCGCCGGAGCCCGCGGCUGAGGGCGAGGAGCUUGAGCCGCGGCUCGGGGAAUGGGGUGGGGAAGUAGACUGGUAGUUGGGUGAUGGGGG